CAUUCUCUGACUGUCUUUGUGGACGGGGUAAUGCUAUCCAUAUCUCCCUGCCUCCAACCAUGCCAUGUCCCUGGGCACCGAGGCCGCUCCAGGGGCACUGAGCUGCUCCCAGUACUCUCCCUGUCAUUUCUGGCCACUCCAGUCUGCCCCAGAAGCCUCCUGCAGGGCCAGGCUUGAAUCCAGCAUUCCCAGCUGCAGGUGGGACAGGUGCUGGCUGCGAGGCAAAGAACAAGGACAAGCACAGCCUGUGCUCAGCACACCCCAGCGUGGAUGACCCAGCCUGGUGGCACUCUGAUGGCACUGUGACCCUGCCAGGUCACUGCUGGUCAGACACUCUUGGGCUUCUUGCUGCUUUGAUGGCCUAGGCAUCGUGACUCGGUUUCCUGACACAACAUAAACCCGCAAAGGGAAGAGGGAGAAGCCACAGAUCCUGGUUUUCCAGGCUCUGAUCCCCAUUUCUCCACCUGUGGUUUUGAUGAAAUGGCUGCAGGUGGGGAGAGCUGCUGAGGGGGGCUUUGCAGUGCCUGGAUGGAUGCAGGAGUGACCCUCUGCACUGUUCUGGCUUCACCCCUCAGACUUGCACGGUAACAAAACUGUGCUGGUGUCCUGGUUUAGGAAUGACAUUCCCCAAUUAAGUGCUCACAUUGAAACAUCCCAGACAAAUUGCUCACAGCCCUACCCUCCCCCAAGGCAGGACAGAGAGGAGAAUUGGAGGCACAAAAAGUAAAGAUCACACCGGCUGAGAUAAGAACAGCGUGCUAGAAACAGCAGUGGGACGUAACCACAGCAAUACCAAUAACAAAGUGCACAAGACAGACGAAAGAUCACACCGCAAACCCUGGCAAAACAAUGACAUCAACAAACAGGCCCAGUGGUCUGAAAAAUAACAAAAUUACUUGGCCGUGUCAAACACCCCGGCCCGUGUGUGUGGGCAGGGCUCUGCGAUGUGCAGCUGCAGGACAGGGAACUCAUGACGUGGCAGCACAUCUGCACAGCACAGCCUGUGGGACGGAGACAGCCACGAGCCAGACGAGCGUCAGCAGCUCAGAGCAGGGGGGCACAAGGCAAAAAGCCCGACACAGGCAGGCAGGUUUCUAUGGGAGACCAUGGUCAAUGGAUCAGAGGAAACUUCUCUUUCAAUGGCUGCAGCGCCGGGGGCUGAACUACUACAUGUACGCGCCCAAGGAUGAGCUGAAGCACCGGCUGCUCUGGAGAGAGCCCUACACAGAGCAUGAGGCAGCCCGCAUGCGGUCUCUCAUCGAAGCUGCCCAGGAGCAGGGGGUGGAGUUUAUUUUCGCCAUUUCUGCUGGCCAGGACAUGGUGUUUUCCAGCGCCGGGGAUCGGCUCCUGCUGCAGCAAAAACUCAGGCAGGUGGCUGCCAUGGGGUGCCGCUCCUUCGCGCUGCUCUUUGACGACAUCGACCCCUGCAUGUGCCAAGCUGACAGAGAUGUCUUCCCCUCCCUGGCACAGGCUCAGGCCUCUGUGGCCAACGAGGUGUACCAGGAGCUGGGCCAGCCCUCCAUCUUCCUCUUCUGCCCUACAGAAUAUUGCAGCUCGCUCUGCUCUCCCAGCCCCAGCCAGUCCUGCUACCUGCAGACCAUCGGCCAGGAGCUGCUCCCAGGGAUCGGUGUCAUCUGGACAGGCCCCAAGGUGGUGUCACAGGAGCUCUCAGCAGAGCUGCUGGAGGAGGUGGAGGCUGUCCUGAGGCGCCGCCCCGUCAUCUGGGACAACCUCUACGCCAACGACUACGACUGCAGACGUGUCUUCCUGGGCCCCUACAUGGGCCGUGCUCCUGGCCUCAUGUCCAGGCUCCACGGGCUGCUCCUCAACCCCAACUGUGAGCUCCAGGCCAACUUCGUCCCCAUACACACGCUGGGCACCUGGUUUCAGAGCGAGCUGGGGAGCUGUGCCCAGCCUGACCAUGCAGGAAUGGAGGGAGCCCUGGGGGACAGCCAAGGUGCUCAGCAUGGAAGCUACAGCCCCCAGGAAGCCUUGGAGCUGGCGCUGCAUGAGUGGGUGGCCGAGAUAAACCAGCAGGGCUUGGAGCCAGGAGGAAGGACCCCAGGACACCCCAGUGUGGGCCUCAAGGGAGGACCAAAGCUGCAGCCUGGCACGGCGGGAGGGCAGGAGGUCACUCCUGACCCUCAGCCCCACAACUCUGCUCCUGGGGCAGAUCCUGAGCCCUGUGGAGUGGCACCAGAGGAGGGGUGCAGGGAGGUGACCUCAGAGCCUGAGAAGGACAGUGGGAACAGGACAGCUGGUGUCCAUCAGCAGAGCCCUACAAGGGCUGGGGACCAGCUCACUGCAGGGGGCUGUGAGCCCUCCUCUGCUCUGCCCAGCGUGGCUGGGAGUGCCCAGCCUGUAGGAAUCCCAGUGGCCACCAAGACCCUCCCCAGCCCAAGCCCCACCACGAGCUCCAGCGAUGGGGCCAACACCACUCAGAACAUUUCCUUGCCCACCAGUGAUGCCAGGACAGGGGAUGGCAGCCCCGUCCAGUCUCCCAGCAGCACCCAGCCUGAGGCCAUCAGGACUGAUGUGCCCCAGACACCCCCAGGACCUGGGGCUGGUGCCAGCCCUGGUGCCCCAGCCCCACUGCCUGAUGAGGUUGGUGCUAGCCCUGGUGCCAUGGCACCACUGCCCCCCAAGGAAGCCAUAACCAGCUCCCCAGCACAGGUGACCCCAGAGGAGCCCAGGACCAACCCCAUGGCACCAGUGACCCCAGAGGAGGCUGGGCCUGGCCCCAGGACCAGUCCCAUGGCACCAGUGACCCCAGAGGAGGCUGGGCCUGGCCCCAUGACCCCCAAAGAUGCUGGGACCAGCCCUACAGCAAAGAUGACCCCAGAGGAGUCCAGGACCAGUCUCAUGGCACCAGUGACCCCAGAGGAGGCUGGCUCUGACCCCAUGACCCCCAAGAAGGCCAGGACCAGCCCCACAUCACAGGUGACCCCAGAGGAGGCUGAGUCCGACCCCAUGACCCCCAAGAAGGCCAGGACCAGCCCAACAGCACAGGUUACCCCAGAAAAGGCCAGGACCAGCCUCACAGCACCGAUGACCCCAGAAGAGGCUGAGCCUGGCCCUGUGGCACUGAUGACCCCAAAAGAGGCCAGAUCCAACCUCACGGCACCACUGACCCCAGAGGAGGCCGUGUCCAGCCCUACAGCACCACUGACCCUGGAGGAGGUGCGGAUGCUGGUGGAGCUCUUCUACCUGCCCUACCACCAUGGGGCUCUGGCACAGGAGCUCCUGGAGCACUUUCGGUGGCUGCGGGCGAACAGCCUCAGCGUGGGGGUCCCGGCCACGGGGCCUGAUGCCUGCGGGGGCACGCGGUGGCGAGGCCGGGCUCAGUCCUUCCAGCUGCUCUGCGCACGGACGUGCCGCCUGCACAGCCGCUUCGUCAGCACCGCCGGCAGGGCGCUGCUCUACGACCUGCACCCCUACCUCUGGGACAUCCGCAACAUGCUGCUGGCCGCCAGUGCCUUCGUCCUCUGGCUGGAUGGUCACCUCCUCUGCGACCCUGACCCCAAGGGCACCUGGGGGAGCUGCUUUGGCUGGUGCCAGAGUAUCACUGCCCCGAUGCUGCUGGGGAGGGAUGCCGAGCCCUGGGCGCGCCGUGGGGGCCUCUUUGGAGAGCUGCAGGCACUUCUGCCCGUGGGGAACAGCUGUGACCUCUUCUACCAUCCACCCCCACUCUUCCCGUCCAGCCAGCUGUACCUGCUGCGCCCGCUGCUGCCCCUGGACAAGGGAGAGCUUUACCGCAUGUGCCGGGAGAGUUUGGACUGUGAUCCCAAAGUGGCAGAGAUCCUCGUGGCCCACCCGGAUCUCCUCGGUGACAGGCUCCUGGGCAGCUUCCUCAGCCUGAGCCCCGAGUACACCUUUGUGCUGGAGGACGAGGGUGGCCCGUGUGGCUACGCAGCCGGAGCGCUCCACGCCGAAGGCUUCCUGCAGCAGCGAGACAGCAGCUGGCUGCCAGCCAUACGGCACAAGUACCCCCCAGACCUGGGCACGGGGGGCCCAGCUCUGGGACAGGAUGCCCUGGAGGAAGCAGUGCUCUUCUUCCACGCAGAGCCACUGGCAGUGCCCCAGCCUGUGCUGAGGCGUUUCCCCUCCCUGGUGCAGCUGGGCACGGCCCCCCGUGUGCUGGACGUGGGGGCCAGUCGCAGCCUGGCCCUCUGCCUGCUGAGUGCACUCAGGGCCAAUGGGUCACGGGGAGUGUUCUGCCAGGUCAGUGACGCCGACCGGCAGCAGCUGAGCUUCUACAGCAAGCUGGGCUUUGUCGCCCUGCCGGUGGCCUGGGGCAGCUCUCCCGGCGCUCAGCUCCUGGGACGACUCCUCUGACGGGGCACAGGGAGGCAGUGCCCCCAGGCCAGGCUGGUUCCCCAGGCCAGGCUGAACCCCCCCAUCCCACACAGCGUCGGCCUGAGCAAGCGGGAGCAGAGGGGCACCUCAAGCAGGCCAGGUACACAUGAGAGGGGACAUGGGGGCGAGCAGGAUGUCACUGGGAUGUGUGCAGGGCUGUGAGGUACCUGGGUAGCAGAGAGUUAUUUCUGCUACUCACGGGAUUUGGCCACCUCUGUGCCACCCCAACUGUUGCUGUUUGCUGGGUACCCUCCACCUUUGCUGGGGAGCCAGGCUGUCUGCAGACCCUCAGGAGGUCAUGAGCAGUGUUUGGGUUUGUGGUCCUGGGUGUCCUUAUCACGCAGGCUGGGCUGCCCAGCUCUCUCCAUCCCCCGUGUGGCUGAAACCAGGCAGCCGGUGCCGGGGCUGGCUCUCGGCACUGAGGACCUGCAUGUGUGUAUGGAUUGAUCUGGUAUGGGAUGCGGUGAGGCAGCCUCUAUUUUUGUGCCUGGGGCCUGAGGGAAGCGCUGUCCUUGGCAAUAAAGCGUUUGCUGGGCUCUCA